AUGCCGGACGAUUCCUUUGUGAUUGAUCAUAAGUUAUUGUACAAUGAUUUGGUUGGACUGAUUUGUGAAAGAGUGGGGUGGAAUAGAAAGAAUGUGAAUUUGAGUCUAUCGAUUUUGUAUGAUACGAUGCGCAAUGGUUUUAGGCGUAUCGCCAAAAUCAAGGACGACGCAUCGUUGCAAGUGUUGUAUUUCCUCCCAAGUUCGACAUAUAUUGAUUUGUAUGUAGAUUUGGAGGUGGCGGGUACUUCUAGGUCCCAUUUGGAAGUAGGGACAACUAGUGGUAGGCCGAAUGUGGAGAAUGUCGAUUACAUGGAAGAUGAUGAUGCGGGUGGACCGUUUAUGGAGGAUGGCGAUCACAUGGAAUAUAAUCAUGGUAAAGAUGAUGAGGACUACACAUCGAUAAGUGAUCAAAGCGAUAAAAACCAAUCAAUAUCCGAAGAAAGUCGGGAGAGUGAUGAAGAGGUCGAAGACAAAUUUGCCACAAAGGAUAGGCACAUAUAUCGUUCACAGGGGGCUUGUUUCAAGAAUAAGGAAGAAGCAAAAAAUGGUAUUGCAGCGUGGAACAUAGAGCAAAAGAGAGAGUUUUAUGUGAAGAAAAGUGAUGAUUCAACAUGGUCUAUUUGGUGCAAAUCCCUAAAAGAGUCAACCCCUAAGGGUUAUGUUCCUUGCCGUUGGAAGGUACGUGCCUCCUUGAGAGACCACGAUUUGUGGGAGAUUGUGAAAUGGGUGCCCGAGCACAAUUGUAUGAAUGUCACCGAGGAAAACAAUAAUUGGAAUUUGAGCGCAACGCUUAUUGCGCAUCUCAUAAGGCAUAAGGUUGAGUUGGACCCAGAUUAUGAAGUGAAGCUCGUUCAGGAAGAAGUGAAAGACCGUAUGCAUGUCGAUGUUCCUUACCACAGGGCAUGGGAGGGAAGGAGAAAAGCUAUCGAUCUUGUUUACGGCGACUGGGUUUCCAUUUUUGACAUACUUCCAAGUAACUUGGUGGCGCAGUUUCGAAGUAAAAAGAUCAAAAGGUUGUGUUGGGAGAUGGGCACGAAACUUUCUAAGUCUAAAUUCAAAGAACUAAGGAAUGAGCUACGUGAUUUUAGCAAUGAUGCUUAUUUGUAUCUCGAGGAGAUUGAUGCUUGUCAGUGGACUCUUGCCAAAGACAAACACUAUCGUUGGGGUAACCAGACAAUGAACAUUUCUGAGAGCUACAACAACGUCCUCAAGGGCGUUCGUUUCUUGCCAAUCCGAGCUUUGGUGGAAGCCACUUUUAUUAAGACUGUGGAUUUGUUCCAAGAAGAAUACAUGAAGUCAAGGAAAUGUAUUACUCCGGUCCCAACUGACUUGUGGGAAGACUUCAAGAAAAAAGAAAAGAAAGCCGCGCAACACAAAGUCAACCGUUAUGGUACUAUUAAUGGCAAGUUCAAGGUGAAAAGUAGAGCCCGACUUGGUGGGUUGUUGCUUGGCAAGACCAAUUCAGUGGGCGAUGACUUUUCCUCUGUCCCUGAUAUGAGAAGAUGGCCUAAGGUUGGAUGGAGACUCGUUCCUAACUACGAGCGAGUUAUUAUGCAUGCUGGACCCGGUCGUUGGCAAAAGAAGAGAUUUAAAAUGCAAAUGGAUUAUAGGGGACGCAAAUCGAGGGGUGAAUGUUUGAGAUGUGGCUCAAGGAAUCAUUUCACCAAUGCGUGCCCAAAAUCACAGAAGAAAUCCGAUAGGACAAGGCUCAAGAUCAAUUGGGACGCCGAUGGGUUGAAAGUGGAUGGUAAGCCUGUGGAGGGGAUGACACCUGAGAAUUCUAUGGCACAGUGGAUGGCAUUGUGCUUUGGAUUGUUGGGAAUUACACCCGUUAGUGACAUGUUUGAUGGAAAUAAGAUUUAUGCAGAGUGUUUAAUCAACGAGUGUCUGCGUCCGAUCCCAGAAAAUGCCCCAAGAGAGGCCUAUACACAGAGGGCCCGUGCAUUACUGUUACUACUGAUUGGAGGUUUCUUGAUUCCUGACAAUACGGGAAACAGAAUACCACUUUGGAUCCUGACAAUACUCGAGGAUUUGGAUGUCUGUGCUACCUACAGUUGGGGGUCAGCUGUGUUAGCUAAGUUGUACUUUGCUCUGUGUCAAGCUUCCGCGCCCGGGAAAAAAGACAUUACCGGAUGUUAUAUGCUGAUGCAGUUAUGGGUUUGGGAGCGUAUCCCAAGACUUCAACCAAAGAGGAAGGUUAAAGAUGAGAGUUACUUGGUGCCGGACGCACCAUUAGGCAAUAGCGAACAUCGCCGCUCAUUGACGUGGAUCUUUUGUUGGGCCAUCAGAAAACCAUACGAGCCCAAUCGGGUCCUUCGUCAAUUUCAAUGCGUCCAAACUGUGCCAGAGUACCCGUUAAUCAAUGACAUUGAUCGCUGGAAUGCGAUACACCACGGAUGCCUUGGGACUGGAAAGGCAUAUGAUGAUUGGGUGCAAAAACACACUGAGUCUUUAAAUCUCAGCGACAUAUAUCAUCUCGCUGAUGUAGCCUUACGGGAAAAUCCAAGCCUCGGUGGUAGUCUAGAGGAUAAACUCUUCCAAAUCUUCAACAAGAGUUUCAGUGCCCUGACUUUGGGCCCACGUGAUAUGAGCACUCAGUCCGAUACUCAAGUUCUUCAGAAAAGACCCCCUGAGUCAAGUCAAAAUGUGGUACUCACGCAGAAAACAACAUCGAAGCCUACUGAAGGAGGAAGGAGGAAGCGACCGGGAAUUUCAGAUCGAACAAUCAUAGUUCAUCCCAAUCCAACUUCGAUGCAAGAAGAUGAUGAAAAUGAUGAAGGCAAUGAAAGCGAUGAGGAUUACUACAUUAGGGGCGAAGAAGAAGAAGAAGAAGAAGAAGAAGAGUCCUCUCCACCUCGUGUUUCUUCCCAAAAGAAAAAGAAAACGGUCGAGGUUCGCAAGAGUGAUAGGGUUAGUAAACCGGCCAAGAAGUAUACUCCUGGCGAUGGGGCUACAAGGAAGAAAAGGUCGUCAAAGUAA